AUGGAGAAGAUGGCUAGCGACCCCCACCAUGUGGAGGCGACACACGAGGAUCACAGCAUCAGCCCCGGCGCCGUGGAGGCCGGUAAACAGGAGUCCUUCUUCAUGGAGGACCGAGUCGCCCAUCUCUCGGAGGAACACCGCCAGUAUCUCCUCGCCCGCCAUGGCACGCUGAACCUAGAUCCAAUCCCCGAUCUGAACGAUGCGGAUCCGUAUAAUUGGCCGAAGUGGAGGAAAACCGUCAACCUGACGCUCGUCGUCUUCCACGCCAUGAUCGGGCUCUUCACCGCUGCCUCGAUCCAGUCCGCCUUUGUUGACAUCGCCGAGGAUCUGCACGUGAGCAUCCAGCGCACCAGCUACCUGGUCUCGCUCUUCAUCGCCAUCCUCGGUGGCGCGCCGCUAUUCUGGCGCCCACUGAGCAACCGCUUCGGCCGCCGACCCAUCUUCCUGAUCUCGCUGAUCGGCGCACUGAUCGGGAACGUGGGUUGUGGCGUGAGCCAUUCGUACGGGACGAUGGGGCUGUGCCGUGCGAUAACAGCCUUCUUCAUCAGUCCCGCUGCGGCGCUGGGCAGCGCCGUUGUCGCGGAGACCUUCUUCAAGAAGGACCGCGCGCGGUGCAUGGGGUACUGGACGCUGAUGGUCACCAUUGGCGUGCCGAUCGCGCCGUUCCUUUUCGGCUUUAUGGUGAUGCGUACCGGUUACCGCUGGAUCUACUGGGUCUUGGCCAUCACUAACGGCGUACAAUUCGUGCUCUAUCUCUUCUUUGGUUCAGAGUCACUGUACCUGCGCAAAGAAGGCGCUCCGGCGCAAGUCACCAGCAUCAAAGACAGCACCUUUAAAUUCCGCCGCAUCGACCCCGCCCCCCUCCGCGCCUGGGACUUUAUCCAACCGCUCAGCUACGUCCUCAAGCCAUGCGUGUUCAUCCCCGCCUGCGCCUAUGCAAUGAUUUUCCUCUGGGGCAGCAUCGUGCUCACGAUCUUGAUCCCGCAAGUAUACCCAGAGAAAUAUGGCUUCAACUCCCAGCAGAUUGGGCUGCAGUUCCUGGGCAUCAUCAUCGGGUCUGUGAUCGGCGAGCAAAUCGGCGGGCUGAUCAGUGACCGGUGGAUGGCGUUGCGGCAGAAGAAGACCGGCACUCCGCCCGCGGCCGAGUACCGGCUAUGGCUGAGUUAUAUCGGGCACGCAUUGACCAUUUGCGGUGUCGUGGUAUUCGCGGUGGAGCUGGGAAAUUCUGGAAGUAAGUGGACUGUGACGCCUAUUGUCGGCGCGGCGAUUGCAGCGGCUGGCAAUCAGAUUGUUACGACGAUUAAUAUCACCUAUUCGGUGGACUGCUACCGCGCGGAUGCGGCGAGUGUGGGUGUCUUUAUUACUUUCGUGCGGCAGACGUGGGGAUUCAUUGGACCUUUCUGGUUCCCCCAGAUGUUCGAGGAAGUCGGCUGGGUUGGCGGCGCGGGCAUCGCCGUCGCGCUCAUGGUGGCUGUCAGCGUCAUCCCGACUAUUGCUCUACAGUGGCGCGGAGCCCGCUGGCAUUAA